GGAAGGGAUGAGACAGACGUAUUGAUAAAAAUUAUGGCAGGUACAAAAAAGGAGGUAACAGAAAGAACAGAGGCAGGAGGGAAAGCACACAAACCCAAACCCAGCAGGUCACCCCUCCCCUUAUUGUUGAGGGAGGUACUCAGCUGGCGAACCUGGAGGGAAACACCAGCUCCGAGAAGAAGCUAAAGCAAAUACAGCAUGAGGAAUGAAAGUGUGGCUGUGGUGGGAGCUUUGGGAUGCUUUGAACUGUAGGCUGCUUUUGCUGAGCCCAAAGCCUGGACACAGCAGAGAGAAGCAGGAACUCCAGAUUACAAGGGAUCCUGUGGUGGAGCUCAGUCUUGUCAGUUGCAUACAAGAAGACAAGCUGGAUUAGACAUGUUUUAAGGAGAAUACCCUUCUAUACCAGGAGCCAACCAAGAGGUUGGAGUAUUACUUCAAAACUGGACUUGCGGCUCUCACUCGAUUUGUGAUGGUUUCCUUUCUGGAGGUCGUUUACUGGGUGACGGUGUUGUGUUGUCUUGGACAGAAGCAUCUGGUGACCGGUGGUUGUUCAGGGAAAUGUUGCCGGGGCAGAAACAUGGGCUGUUCUACUACAGACUGGAGGAUGGACCGGGCAUUUGCAAAAUGCUACUGCGACGAGGACUGCAUCAAAACCAAGGACUGCUGCUUUGACUAUUUCACAGAGUGUCCAGCUCAAGACUGUGCUGCGAGCGCUUGGAGCUUUUGGAGUGGCUGUGCCAAGCCAUGCCAGCCUUCAGUCAGAGUCCGUGUCCGUCAGGUAGAGCAGCAGCCUGGUAACGGCGGUGAUCCCUGUCCCAGUCUGGAGGAGAGAGCUGGUUGCAGGGAGUAUAGAGACCACCGAGGCAGCCAAUGUGGACUCAGUUCAGGCCCAGCAUUCAUCACCAGCUUGGAAUUUGGUAAAGGAAGACCCAAGCAUGACAGCUAUGGAAACCCCCUGGACCCAGGGUUCUGUAUGGAAUUUAAAAUGGAGUCCCGGACAGCACACUGUACGGUGGAGAACCGGCCUCACACCCUCUGGAUGCGCUACAUAACUGAAGGAUUCAAAGUGUGUGUAGCGUGUGAACCUCCUGCCCUGCAGAACAGGAGCUGUCAGGGUGACGGCCAAGAAUCGAACAAAGAAGCUGUGCUUCAAUGGCAGGCAGUGGGGAACCCACACUGCAGAGGGACAUGGAAGAAGGUCCAGAAAACUCCACAGUGCACCUGUCCAACACAACAUAUCUUCAUCUUCACCUGACCUCCAGUUUGCUGAAAUAAAGCGUGCAGAACACCACAGGACGUUCUCUGAGAGACUAAGAGCCGCAUAAUAACUUAAAAGCUUACAAGGCUCACUGCAAACUCAAAAUGCACUUAUGUUAGAAAUUAAACAUCAGUACAGUU